ACAAUCCAUAAACCAUCCCCACUGACCACCUUCUUGUGCCCUUCUUUCAUGCCCUUCUCUUUUCUCUCCUCUCGUUAAAAAAGAAUAAGAACAACAAACAUUUGGUGUAAAUUGCGCUGGCUGCUCUUUAUCUUUUAAUUUUAAUUUUUAUCCCCAAUUCAUCAUUCCCCUCACCAACCUGGUCGUAGUCGUCCUUGGUGUUACUGUACUUACUCGUCCCCAACCCUGUUUCCCGCUACCUGCCGUCCCCAGAUUCUCUCAAAGCUCUCUAGGGUUGCUUAUUCACCCAUUAAUCGCAUCACUUCACUGGCCGUUCCCUCCGUUUCCCCCACCGUCCUCGGUUUGCUCAACCAUAAAUCAGCGACGCAAUACCAAUCCAAGCUCGGUAGCCGUCUUUCAAGAUGAUGAACAAGAAGCUCGACAGGCUCAAGCAAUGGGCGGGAGAACGUAUGGGGGGAGAAGUCAAGACUGGAGCAUCCGAUGAGUUUCAGAACUUGGAAGUGGAGAUGAAAUUGAGGCACGAGGGUGCGGAAAAGCUUCACAAUACCAUGAAUGUCUACGUCAAAUCGGUCUCUCAGAAAUCUAUGGGAGAGGAUAGGGAGAAAAUGCUCCCUGUGGACGUAAUGGCUCAAGCGAUGAUCUCCCAUGGCGAGGAAUUUGAAUCGGAUAGCGUUUUCGGAAACUGUCUCAUAAAGAUGGGUCAGGCCAACGAGAAAAUUGCUAGGGUUCAGGAUUCUUAUGUCGCUGCGGCUAGCGAGAGCUGGCUCGAGUCUCUUGAGAGAUUCCUCACCCAGAUGAAGGAAUACCAGGUUGCUCGUAAGAAGCUUGAAUCUCGAAGACUCGCCUAUGACGCAACGCUUUCGAAGAUGCAAAAACAGAAGAAGGAGGAUUUCCGUGUGGAAGAAGAGCUGCGGGCGCAGCGCAUCAAAUAUGAGGAAUCCAGUGAAGAUGUGUAUCGCAGAAUGGGUGACAUUCAGGAAUCUGAGACUGAAACUAUGGCGGAUUUGACCGCGUUCCUUGAUGCCGAGUUGGAGUAUCAUGAUCGCUGCCGAGACAUUCUUGUGGGUAUUAGGCAAAAUUGGCCAGCUGGACUUACAGCAAAGGACAAGAAGCGCCUUCGUUCUCGCUCCAAUCCGGCUCAUUCGUUCGGUAACGGUAGCGGAAUCCGAGAGGAGUCGCCGCCCCCACUUCCGCAGGUUGAGAGACCUUCUAUUCGCUCCCGUGUUAAUAACACUGGAGGCUCUCCAGAAUCUAAUGAUAGAAGUGGUCUGUUCCGAUUGCCUACUCCGGAUCAUAACGACAGGCUAUCUACAAAGCCUGCGUUUCACCGUACUAAUACCUUGCCUACGCCGGGACGCAUCGGUCAAUAUGAGAGCGAAAGUAUGGGACGGAGGAGGUCGGAUCAAGGAGGACCGCCUCCGUUGCCUGCUACUCGCACUCUGAGAUCGGUGAACACUGAUGUUUUUUCGGACAAUAACAGCCAUACUUCUGCUCGUAACUCCCCUGAUAGGGAGAGAUACCGCUACGAGGAGCGUUCUGUAUCUCCUGCGAGGUCCGCUACCCCUUCGGCUAGCCGGGUCCCAUCAAGGACAUCUAGCAAUAAUGCCCUUUCUAGUGCGUACAACGCCGCCGGUAGUGGGAGGAAGCAACCCCCCCCACCCCCCGUAUCCCGAGGAUUGAAGAAGCCACCUCCACCACCACCCCCAGCCAAGAAGUCACAAUUGGCUGCGGCUUACGAAAAUUGAUUUUCUUACUGCCCCGUCAAUAUAUUUUCCUUUGUUGUUUUCGCUAUACCGCUGUGAGGUUUCAUAGAAUUAGCUUUAUGGUUGUGGGAGAUGGGACACGAAAUGGUAGUGCGGGGUUUAGCCCGGAUAGGGAAACAAAAAAUCAACUGUACAGGGUUCUUUUUCUAUUGAUAGCACGCGUAUGGGUAGCAAACUUUACUGGUUCUCUGUUUGGGUAGUUUUUCGUUCCUUAGGUCUUUUAGUGCGGUAACUCUUUUUUUCCCCUCUUUCUCUCUUUCUUUGGGUUUGGUAGGCUAUGAUACUUGACAUGGAAUCGGACAAGAAAAAUCAAAUGGGGUUCGCCGGGACUCGUUUGGUUAGUAGGAUGAGAGCGAGGUGGGUUGACGGGUUGUUUACUCAAUUUAUUAUUUGCUUAGACUAGCGCAGUCGUUACCUUAACUUGAUAAAUAAAAAUGAAAUGACCCUCCA